AUGAAACAUGACCCUUUAUUCUGCUCAGUUGGUGACGAUGAGUGUAAUUCCGACUGUGACUACUCUAGAUUCUGGAACAACUCUGGUCAAUCCAUUGAAAGGGUAGAUAUUGGGGAGUACUUCAACAGCACGCCCGGAUUCUGUAAAAAUUUUGAUAAUGUCACAUGUAACAAGAAUGGCAAACACUUCAAAUGUGACAAUGGAAAAUGCGUACCGCAGAUAGGGGUUUGCAACACGCUAGAUAACUGUGGAGAUUGGAGUGACGAGAAGGGGUGUCCCGGCAGAUUCUACUGUCAGAAGAAGAAACCGCUAUACGUACCCUGGGAGAAUGUAUGUGACGGAGCCUCAGAUUGCCUUGAUGGGAGUGACGAGUGUCAGGAUUGUAACUUUGAUAUCCUGGCUAACGACCAGAGUCUGAUAGCUAACAGUAUACUGUCUGCUCUGGUUUGGGUCAUGGGUACUAUUGCUCUUCUCGGAAACUUGAUCCUAAUCCUGACGAAGGGAAACGAGUUGAAGAACUCCGGAGCAAAGAUGAACAGUGUCACUAAAAUCAGCACAUUACUUCUUGUUAAUCUGGCCAUGUCCGACUUUUUGAUGGGGGUUUAUCUCAUUGGAAUAGCCGCCAUGGAAAGGAAACUUAAUGGUCAUUACUGUGAAGAAAGUAAGCGAUGGAGGAGCUCAUUCUCCUGCAAACUAUUUGGUUCUAUCUGUCUCCUCUCCUCCGAGUGCUCCAUCUUCAUGAUGACUCUCAUCACUCUUCACAGACUUAUCUCUGUUAUCUUCCCUCGCAAGAUAUCCACCCUGGGACGACGAGGUCUGGUAGCCUGGUACAUUUCCAUAGUAUCAGUCUGGAUAUUAGUGCUGUGUCUUGCCUGGGUGCCCAACAUGCACGCAUUACAGGAGUACUUCGUGAGUGAAGCUUACUAUCAAAACAACUCCUUCUUCGGAAAAGGAGAUAAGAAAACUCUGCAACGUUACGCUUGGCUUUACAAUAAGACCGUUCCUAGCGGCACUAUCCCACCUGACAACCUAACCAUGUCUUGGGACCAAAUAUUUCACAUAAUAGAACAGAGCGGGCUAGGUUCGACCUACAAAUACUACGGUCUAAUGGGAUUCUACAGCUCCCACGGAGUGUGCCUACACAAACUCUUCACUACCACAGCCUCCUCAAGCUGGAUCUACAGUCUCUCCCUCAAUAUCUUCAACUCUUUCUGCUUCAUCUUCAUUGUUGUCUCCUACUCUUAUAUUCUAACCGUCUCAAAGAAGCUGUCCUCUAAAAGCUCCGGUCGAAUGGCACGUAAGGUUCAAAGACUGGUGCUAACAGAUGCACUGUGUUGGAUACCGACAUGUAUCUGUGCCUAUCUUUACAUUGCUGGAGUCAAUCUAUCAGACGAGUUAUACGCCUACACUGCUAUCCUAAUUCUCCCGAUAAAUUCCUGUCUAAACCCUAUCGUGUACACAGAUAUUAUAGACCAGGUGCACGUGUGGAUACUAAAACACGUGGUAAGGGUAGGAUCAGAUAGCUUCAACAGCUCCCCGAGUGUUGCCACCAUGGGGGAUAAAGUUCACAACCCAGUGGAUCAGCUCACAGCUAUACAAGAACAAAGUGUUGUUCACAGUCGUACUGGUACUGCUGGACAUAACGAUACCAAUCACUUGCAGACUACAACACUGGGGCCCUCUGAACCGACGAUAAAUACCAGGUCCUCGUUAGCAAAACUCAGUCCACGUUCUUACCACCCUCAAGACGGAUAAAUACCAGGUCCUCGUUAGCAAAACUCAGUCCACGUUCUUACCACCCUCAAGA